AUGGAGAUUGAAGGUGAGGAUUGUGAGGUUUUGGAACAACCGGAUUUCAAAGACCAUACUGUAAUCGGCACUCGUGAAUUAAUAUUGGUGGAUGAGAAGGGCUCCAAAAUACAAGCAACCAUAAACAAACAUCUAUUUGACAACUAUAAGAAUCUUGUGAAAGAGGGCGCGACUCGUAUUAUCUCUAAUUUUUUGGUCAAAAAAACAGGCGGUCAACAUAGGGCUACUAGCCAUGACUACAAAAUCGUUUUCAUCUACAAAACGAAUGUCAAGGAGUGUGACAAUGUACAACUUCCACUGUAUGGAUUUGACUUUGUGCCCUUUGACAAGAUGCUUAAAAAGGAGGUCAAUGAUGUUUUUUUAGUAGAUGUUAUCGGAGAAUGCACUGCAAUGAGCGAUAAAAUUGACACUUCAACCAAUGGAACACCAAAUUACAAAGUGAUGUUCGAGUUAGAAGAUUUAAAAAAAUAUACAAUAAGUGGUACUGUAUGGGGGAAAUAUGCUGAACAAAUGACAGAGUACAAGAAAAAGGGUAUCCAAGGACGUCCUAUUAUUAUACUACAAUUCGUUAAGAUAAAGAGAUGGAGAGAUCAAGUUUCACUUUGUAAUUCACUGUUUGCGACCAAGAUAUUCAUCAAUGAGGACAUCUCAGAAGUGAAUGAUUAUAAGGAAAGCAUCACCGAUGGGGAUGAUUCUCGCUCGAUGGGUAUCACUCAUUUGUCAAGCCAAAAUUCGCAUUCCAUAGAAGAUGAGUUUAUGAAAUUGGCUGACGGUAAGCAAUUAGAUGAGAUACCUGAUACUAAUAAGGAAUGCUUUUGUGCCACUGUUGCUACAAUUGUGGGUUUUGAAAAGGAUACCAACUGGUAUUAUAACUCGUGCAAAAGUUGUAACAAAAAGGUUGACUAUGAAGGUGGUGGGAGAUAUUGGUGCAUAAAAUGUGAUUCACAUGUCAAAUCUGCGCCACCAAGGUACAAGGUGACUGUAUCAGUUGAGGAUGACAAUGGAUCAGCCAGUUUUGUCAUGUUUGAUCGGGAGGUUUUUCAGGCUAUACAGAUAUCGGCAAUGGACUUGAAAGAUAAGUUAUUGAGAGUAUACAACUAUUGA